AUUUCGUUUCCCACAGGCCCCCCUUUUUUUUAUCCUUUGGACUUUGUACGAGGAGAGACGGUCUCUCUCCUAGCUAGGUUCCUAACCAGUCACCAAGGAUCCGCCGUGCACAAUAUGACGUCGGACGUUAUUCCCAUAUUAAAUAAUUAUCCCAUCCCACACUCCGUAUCCGUAUCAUCUUCUACCCAUUGGCCAUGGUGAUACCGAUCCCAAACGCCCUGAUCAUCAGGGGAAAGAAUUCGUCCCACUUCUACGACUCACUUACAUGCAAAGACCUAGUACAUAAUACAUAUAAGCACGUCUCGAUAUUACGAGUACGAGGGGGGAAUAAUCUCCGUUCGAAACGCAGGGGAUUCCGGGCGUAUCGCCUUCUACACGAUGGAUUAGCACCGAGUCCGCAGCGCGCAGCUGCAGUGCUUCGGGGCGUUCCCGGCAUCUCAUUCGUCGAGGCUGCAACCCUAAUGAGGCACGAUACUGUGGACGCUGUGGACUGGCGCUCACAGCGUCGAACGGAGGAGCGAGUGUAUCCUCCGCCGAGGGGCAUUGCAGGACGGGUACAUGCCACAUUGUUCGAGGUUCUGAGCUUACAACGUACAAUUGUUACAGGGUGCAUUCCUCCUUGCCUGGUUGAUGUAUCAGCCGUGUCGCAUUGAGAUCCGAAUUGUGGGCCGGAGAUGACUUCCCCCUUGCCGCUGAGAUUCUUGGGUUCUUCUGCAAAGUGAAGAAAUCC